AAAGGCUUUAACGAGAUGAAGAGCCUUUUUUUCGCAUUAACCUUAGCAGUAUGCUUACUGAGCAGUAAUGUUAAGGCUCAAACAGUAUCCAUUAACGUGGGGGGAAGUAUUAUAACCGUGGCUUCUAGUGAUCUAAAUACACUACUAUCAAUAGUAGCAGCCCUCCAGACUACGACGACCGCAGCUCCAGGUGCCACUACAACUACCGUUGCAGCGACCACCACAACUGUUGCUCCAACGACUACUACCGCGGCACCAACGACCACAACCGCGGCACCAACGACUACUACCGCGGCACCAACGACCACUACCGCGGCCCCAACGACUACUACCGCGGCACCAACGACCACUACCGCGGCCCCAACGACUACUACCGCGGCACCAACGACUACUACAGCGGCACCAACGACUACUACCGCGGCCCCAACGACUACUACCGCGGCACCAACGACCACUACCGCGGCCCCAACGACUACUACCGCGGCCCCAACGACUACUACCGCGGCACCAACGACCACUACCGCGGCCCCAACGACUACUACCGCUGCUACGAUUACGGCAACGGUUACUAUCAACGGAUCAAGUGUCACUGUGUCUUCCUCUAACAAUUCUCUUGUUAGCGUGAUUCUUCAAAUUAUUUCGGCUUUGACGACAACCACCACUGCGGCCCCUACCACUACCACCACCACUGCGGCCCCUACCACUACCACCACCACUGCGGCCCCUACCACCACCACCACCACUGCGGCGCCAACGACUACUACGACUACCGCGGCACCAACGACCACUACCGCGGCACCAACGACUACUACCGCGGCACCAACGACCACUACCGCAGCACCAACGACGACAACAGCUGCAACAACGGCUGCAUCUGCUACCACGACGACUGCAGCAUCAACAACCACCACAACGACCGUCGCUACAACGACAACAAGGAAGCCGUGUCAUCCUCGUCCAAUUGGCAUAGGAGGUGGUAUCGGAGUAGGGAUCGGUCCUCUUGGAAUUAGAGUUGGCGUUGGCAUAGGAGGACGUAGUGGAGAACGGGGUGGAUUCGGUAUACUACCAGCGGUCGGUAGUGUUGCACGCACCUUAGUUGGCACUGGUUUGAAUGCAGUAGGCGCGGCAGCGAAUCUAGCAGGCAAUGUGGUAGGUGCGGUUGGUAACGCAGCUAAUGGAUUGGCAACCGGGGUGCUGGGUGGAAUCGGCAAUGCCAUAGGAAACCUGGGCGCUGGACUCAGCGGUGGAAUUGCCACUGGAAUUAACGGUGGACUCUCUGCAGGAAUUGGGGCCGGUGCGCAAAGCUCAUUCAAUGGACGUUGGCCGCCAUUUGCCGGUGGUAUCGCAGUUGGUGGAGGCUUCAAUGGUAGAUACCAUGGUUGA